AUGCGUACGUCAAAAGCCUUAAGAAUAUUAUCAAACGUGAGCGAGGUGAAUAGUGGCGUGACGAAGGAGCCUUCUUGGUCUAAAGAUCAGUAUGAUGUUGUUCAUGGGAACAUAAAUAAUGGUGGAAAUGGAAAUUUUAUUCUUAAUACUCGAGAGCCAGACAAUGAAAUUUUCUGUAUUCCUCCACUACGUGUUGUUGCUUCUCCCCUUCAACAUGGCUCAAAUUCACAGGAACGACCACAAACUUCUGAUCCAUCAGAUGUUUCCAUAUCUCCUGGAAUCGAGAUAGAAACUGAUGCAUAUAACUCUGAGAAUAAUGAAACAAGUGAUUUGAAUACACCAGAUCACGAGGAGACGGAUAAUGAAGAGAAGGUGGAGACGGCCAACAAUAAAGAGGUGAAAGAAAAUAAAAGGGGAAAGCAUAAGCUUGGCAUCAGAAACAUGAAAAAAUGUGAAAAGACAAUCAGGAAAAUGGUGGAAAAUGGGUCGCAGAGAACGAAAUUUCUCAAAGAGGCAGGGUUAAAGCUACCCAAAACCCUCAAAGACAUGCUGGUAAAAUUGAUGGCAAGAGCAUAUUGGGAUAAAGAGAAGUGUGCAAAAAUUCAAACAGUUAGAGCAAUCCACGCUGGUAUUGAACUAAUGGAAGUUCCAAGCAAUGCAAAAGAAUUUCCUGACAUUUUGGAUAUUUUAGCAUUGGUUUUAAAUAUAAAGACGAUGAAGGCGGUACAUACAAAAAAACAAACCAUAAAAUCAUUUAAAGAAGCUGGGAUUCGAAAGCGACCAUUAAACGAGGGUGAAUUCCAAAUACCUUCAUGCUUAACAACACUUAAGAAGGCUAAAAUAUGCGCAGAAGAAAAAGUCCAGAAUUCGUAUCCAUCAUCGCCAUGUCCUGGAUCUUCUGAGUCUGAAUUACCAUUAAUAUAG